GUUGGAACACUCGCUGCUCGUUGGCAGAACUCUCGCCGUAGUCUCUCUAUUGCUCACUUGUCUCUACUCUCUCGCCUCUCUCGCUCUGUCUCUCACUGCUCGCCGGUCCUUGUCCUCGCCACUCUUUCACCGCUCUCAGGAUAAUGGGGCGGAAAGCUGGUGGACUUUACAUUAACCCUAAGAGAUAUGGUUCACUUCAUAAACCUUGCAUGAAGGAAAUGAUGACUUUUCUCAGCUGUAUGGCUGUUAACCAAGCCAACAGUGAUGUGUGUACUCGACAGAAGGAUUUAUUAAAAACCUGUUUGGAUUCACAGAGUAAAAAGAAUAGAAACGCCUGGGGAAGUGUCAAUUAUCAGCUGCAGAGGCUUAACCGGGGAAGGAAGUAAUCUGACAUUGUCUAAUUUAAAACAUUUGUAUGAUUCAAGUUCAGGAAUUCCCAACAUAGCAUUUUGGUGCCAGUUUGUUUGUCAAGCUAGAAGAACAGCUCGUACUGUGUCUUUAUUUAUUUAUUUUUUUAAGUGCAAAAUCAGAUGAAUUUGUGUAAUUUUUUU